AUGGAGAGUAAUAUGUUCGUCCACUUUCUCGAAAAUUUGUGCAACUCAGCACUUUUGACUUGCUCGUUGCACGCUCCCGAAUUCGUCUUCCCUCCUCCUUUGGUUGUUAUUACCUCUGAAUUAAGAAUGACAUUUGAUGAUUUGCACGAGAAAGCGGAAGCUUGUAAGGCCGAAGCUAAUUCUUAUUUCAAAGCUGGUGACUUUGAUAAAGCUAUUGCAUCCUACACCAAAGCAAUUGAACAUGAGGAGUCGGCCAUUUAUUACGCUAAUAGAAGCCUUGCUUAUUUAAAGACGGAAUGUUUUGGGUAUGCCCUUAAUGAUGCGUCCAAGGCAAUAGAACUCGAUAAUACAUACAUCAAGGGAUACUAUCGAAAAGCAUCCGCAAAUAUGGCUCUUGGAAAGUUUAGAGAGGCGCAGGAUGAUUUUGAGGCGGUUGUCAGAGUAGCCCCUGGUGACAAGGAUGCUAGAGUGAAGCUUACAGAAUGUCAGAAGAUUGCCAGGCUGAAGGCUUUUGCCAAAGCAAUAGCAGUGGACGAAAAAGCUUCACUCAUUGACACAGUGGAUCUCUCAUCCAUUAUUGUUGAGCCAAGUUAUGACGGGCCGCAUCUUGAACGAAGAGAAUCACCAACAAAUGACGAAUCUUAUUCUUAUAUUGUCACAGAAUCUUUCAUGCUCGCGCUUUUAGAAUGUUAUAAAAAACAAAAGCAUCUGCAUAAGAAGUAUGCUCUGCUCAUUCUUCGGGAAAUACGAAAUAUUCUCAUUGGCCUCCCUAGCCUGGUCGAGAUUGAUGUCCCGGACGUGAGUUAA